AUGAGUCCAGCCCAGGAGCCAACCCCUGAGCUGCUCGCAGACCCCUAUGAGAGCUUCAUGCAUCACCAUCUCCAGUACUAUGGCUACUUCAGAGGGCUAGGCAGUUUACAAAGAUUUUCCCUCCCCCGAGAAAAUUGCAGAAAGCAGCUCCCUCGAUCCAACCGCGAUUCCCUUCAGGAUAACAAGAAGAAGCUGAUCUGCUCUCAUAUGCUGGAGGCCGCACUUCUCAAGAGCAAACAGCUUCUGUUCAAUCACCUUGAGGGCCCUGGGGUCCCACGCCUGCGGGAGCCACGCGGUCUCUUUGCUGUGCCCACCUCGAGAGGCCCCCUGCAGGCCCCACGCUGGCCAGUGGAGUGCGAAGUCAUCAAGGAGCAAAUCCAGCACAUUGAGUGGGUGCCGUCUGAACCGGAGCCAUUCUAUCAGCCCACAGGAACUGAGCCGGCCCCACUAAUUGUGGGGGAGGAGAAAGGAACCGUGGUCUAUCACAUAAAGCCAGCGGCCAAAGGCUCCUAUUUCACCUGCUCCCGCGUUGGAGGCGCGCGAGGGCCCAUCACCUCACCCGCCGUCAGCUUGGAAGGUCCAGAGGACACCACCCUGCUCUUUGAAUCCAGAUUCGAGAGCGGGAACCUCCAGAAGGCCGUCCGAGUAGGCCCGUACGAAUACGAGCUGACGCUGCGCAUGGACCUGUACACCAGCAAGCACACCCAGUGGUUCUACUUCCGGGUCAGGAACACCAGGAAAGGCAUCCCCUACCGCUUCUCCAUUGUCAACCUGAUGAAGCCCAAGAGCCUGUACAGCAUGGGGAUGAAGCCGCUCCUGUACUCUGAGAGGGACGCACAGACGCGUGGCGUGGGCUGGCGGAGAGAGGGGGGCGACAUCCGGUACUACCGGUGCAGCUCCGAGGAGGGCCAGGCGAUGUAUUGUCUCACGUGGACGGCGUGCUUCCCCCAUGACCAUGACACCUGCUACUUUGCCCACUUUUACCCCUACACCUUCUCGGACCUGCAGCGCUACCUGUUGGCAGUGGCCAGCGACCCGGUCCGCUCGCAGUACUGCAAGCCGCGGGUCCUGUGCAGCAGUCUGGCCGGCAACACUGUCUACCUUCUCACCAUCACCAGCCCGUCCCAAAACCCCGGUGCCACUGCCGCCAAGAAGGCUGUGGUGCUGAGCGCCAGGGUGCACCCUGGGGAGACCAACGGCUCGUGGGUGAUGAGGGGUUUCCUGGACUUCAUCCUGAGUGACUCCCCUGAUGCCCAGCUCCUCCGCGAGCUCUUCAUAUUCAAGGUGGUGCCCAUGCUCAACCCAGACGGGGUGAUCGUGGGGAACUACCGCUGCUCGCUGGCCGGGAGAGAUCUCAACCGCAGCUAUCGAACCGUCCUGAAGGAGUCCUUCCCUUGCAUCUGGCACACCCGGAGCAUGAUCCAGAGAGUCCUGGAGGAGCGGGAGGUUCUGCUGUAUUGUGACUUCCAUGGGCACAGCCGCAAGAACAACGUCUUCAUGUACGGCUGCAACAACAAGAGCGCUCCUGCCCAGCGGCUCCACGAGCGCGUCUUCCCACUCAUGCUCAGCAAAAACGCCCCUGACAAGUUUUCUUUCCGCAGCUGUAAGUUUAAGGUCCAGAAGAGUAAAGAAGGGACGGGCCGGAUUGUGAUGUGGAGGAUGGGAAUCCCCAACAGCUACACCAUGGAGUCCACCUUUGGCGGCUCAACCCUGGGAAUGACAAAAGUCUCUAACUUCUCGCCCAGAUUUCUUGGGUCUGUGGGUCAUGGUGUGUGUGAGCUCUUGCCUCUCUACCCUCAGUUCCUGCAGUGUCUGUCCGAGCUUCAGCAGCAAAUCCAUCGAAAGCUCAAGGAUCUGGGCCGUGGGCAGGACUCAGACGGUGCCUGGAGCGACAUCUCCCUGUCAGACAUUGAGUCCAGCACCAGCGGCUCCAACAGCUCCCAGUCCGACGGCCUCCCUGCUCAUUUACUCAGCGUGGCAGAGAAGUUCCAGCAGAAGAAGAAGCGGCUGCGGACGAGGAAGGAGAGGAACGAGCUGCGUCAGAAAUACGCCUCGAGCCAGGGGCUGACGUGCCAAGACAAGACCCCGGUGGCGGGGGAGAGAAGGUUGGGGAGCCCCACCUGCCGGACCCACCAGCCUGUCAGCGCGGCGGCUCUGUGCACGGAGGACAGCUCUGGCAAACAGGUCUGCUCUGGGGCCCAAGCUGUCCCGGAUGUUCGUACAGCUCCCAGCACGGGCAAGACUCCAGAAGCUGGCCUCGUUUCAGAUCUGCAGAGGAGAGAACCUAACGCCAGCCAGGAGGAGCAACCAGAAGAGCAUCUAUGGGCGAGUAAGCUGUGUCACCAGCACAGCCCUGGGCCUGAGCGCCUAUGGAAGGCCCGGCAGCCCCAGCCCUUGCUUAUCACCACGCUGACCCCGCCACAGCCCCAGAGACCCGUCGGCACGUCGCCCAUCAGAGAGCACCCCCUGCCCUUCCAUGUCCAGCUGGACGGAGAGCCCCACGGCAGCCGGCAUGCAGGCAGCUCAACGUUGGCGCAGUCUGCAUCCACGGUUGGAACCAGCCCAUGCAGAUUCACCUCUGAUACAGGAGUCCUCAGCUGA